UCACUUCGCUCUAGUUUUUGUAUGAUAAGGGAUUUAUGCGAAUAAUGUGUAUUACAACUAAAAUCAUUAGCUUUUCUGUUAGAAUAGCAACACAGUUGUGUGCAGUUGGUUAAGAACAGGGGGAUUGCGACGAUUAAUACUACAAUUCACCCUUCAGAUGUCUGUUUCUUCUCGAACGUCUAUCGAUCCGCCACAGCCAAAAGAUGGCGACUCAACUUCUGGCGGUUCAACUGAUGGCGAUUCGACCGAUUCUAAAGUCGCCAUCCCAAGACAUCUUGGUCUAUGGGGUUGUGUGUGGCAUACGGUCGGGAGUGUCAUCGGCACGGGCAUCUUCAUCUCGCCUGCGGGGAUCCUGCGGGGUACCGGUGGGUCGGUAGGGCUAGCCCUCAUCUUCUGGGUAGCUUGCGGUGUUAUCCAGACCUGCGGGGGAUUCGUCUAUGCCGAGCUGGCCGUCAUGAUAAAGAAGUCUGGAGGGGAACUGACUUUCCUCCAUGAUGCCUACGGUCCCGCGGUCGCCUUCCUCAAGCUUUGGAUCAUCGUCUUCUUCCUGACCGCUGGCUCGGCCAUCGUGGCCAUCAUCAUUCCGGAGUACCUUCUCACUCCGUUCUUCCCCUGCUCGGGUCCGCCCAUCCUCGCCGUACGAUUAUUGGGCAUCUGUGUUGUAUUGUUCCUUGUUGGAAUAAACUGUGUGAGCGUCAAAGGACCUACUCGCUUUGCUGGGUUCUUUACGAUCACCAAGACCAUCGGGCUUAUAAUCAUCAUUGUCACCGGCAUGUAUAACAUCGCUACUGGUCACACGACUUACUUGGCAAACGCAUUCACUACUGGUAGCCCUAGUAUAAAGCUCCUACCCAUAGCCUUCUAUGCAGGAACGUAUGCCUACGGGGGUUGGGAUACCGUGGCCGCUUUGACAGAAGAAAUAAAAGAACCUAAAAGAAACAUUCCUCUUAGUUUAGUCAUCUCUAUGGUAACCAUCAUUAUCAUCUAUGUGCUGACCAACAUCGCUUACUUCACUCUUCUAUCACCAGAGGAAGUGCUUAGUUCUUCAGCUAUUGCCGCAGACUACAGCGUUAAAGCGUUGGGUAGCUGGUCUUGGCUUGUUUGGUUCUUCGUUUCUAUGUCGGCCAUGGGUGCUCUCAACUCAGUAAUCUACAAACGUGGGAGGCAACUGUUCGCCUUGGCUCGAGAGGGCGUGCUACCGGAGAUCGCAGCCAUGCUCAACGUCAACUACUACACCCCUAUCCCUGCGACCUUCGUCACCCUCAUCGGGCUCAUCUACCUGGUCGAAGACGAUAUCUUCACUAUCAUCGCGUACGUGGGCUUCGUUGAAAACAUCUUUGACACGAUGACGAUUGCCAUAGUGCCCUAUUACCGAUGGAAGUACCCGGAUCGGGAGAGAACGGUCAAGGUACCCCUAGUAUUGGCUUUUUUCUACAUGUGUUGCCAAAUCUUCGUAGCAGUUCUUGCAUUCUACUUGGACCCCUUGAAUAAAGCAAUCGGCAUGACUGCCGUCCUGACGGGUCUUCCCGUCUACUUUGCCUUCUAUCACCCAAGGUACAAACUCAAACAAGAGUGGGUCAAGUCUACUUCAGUGAAGCUGACAAGAUUUUUCCAGAAGCUGUUCAACUGCGUUCAUCAAGAAAAAAGGACCUUUUGAAUUCCAUUGAAAUUCAACCCACUAUGCCUCUGUAUCUGAAACAAAUGUAUAACUUUGCCUCUUCUCUAGAGUAUGACUUUGUUGUAAUGAUUAAAGUUUUCUUCAAAUAGUCCUUGUAUUUCACACAAUUAAUGCUACAAUGAGAAAUUACAUUGAUGUUUAUAAACAAUGAAGAUUAUUCAAUGUAACAUUCUCGACUAUGGUAAAAUGUCAAGAUGAAUUUUGUAUGUAUUUACUUUGACAGUUUUUUGUUUCAUAAUAACCUAACCUGCAAAUAUUCUAAGGUUUCUUUUAACACUAUACUUCUAAUACUUCUAGAUAAUAUUUUCAGAUACUAUAAUAAUGAACCCAAAUUAGCACAAUUCAACAUUGAUAUUCUAGCUACGAAGAUCGAGCUAUAGUAUUGUGGAAAAGAUCUUCUAUGAAUAUGAUAUCAUCGUUUAAUGAUGAUAACGAAUUGAUUGACAUUUUCCGAGCGUGAUGAUAUUUGUCACAUUCGUAUCUAGUAUAUUGUACAAAUGGUGAUCAUAUGAAUAUUAUUUCAUUUCUUUUCUUUCAAUAAAAAUGAUAUAUUCUUCA